UCCACGAGCAACGCUCACCGCAGCAACUCGAACUUCUAAGGGCAGGUAACCAGCGAGGGGUCACCCCGUGGGCUCCUAUCGGGACCUCAGAGUCGUACACGCACUCUCUUCCCAGACUGCCGAACCUACUAAUACUGAAGGUGGGAACAGAAUCCAGGUCUGAGUCGGUGCCACUCUUCGCAGUCUAGGGUCGUCAAGCGUCGUGACAAGGAAAACUACACUCCCCACAACCCCUUGCGCCUCUGGCUCGCUGCGGUUGCUUAUGGCCAAUCGGGAGAGGCAGCUGUGGCGGGGGCCGAGGAGGGACAUUUUAAAAGGGCCGGAGAUUGCGGGCGUCAGUGGCCAUGGCGGAUACAGCGACUACUGCAUCGGCGGCAGCGGCAAGUGCCGCUAGCGCCUCGACGGAUGCACCUCCUUUCCAGCUGGGCAAACCCCGCUUCCAGCAGACAUCCUUCUAUGGCCGCUUCAGGCACUUCUUGGAUAUCAUUGACCCUCGCACGCUCUUUGUCACUGAGAGACGUCUCAGAGAGGCUGUGCAGCUGCUGGAGGACUACAAGCACGGAACCCUACGCCCGGGGGUCACCAAUGAACAGCUCUGGAGUGCACAGAAAAUCAAGCAGGCUAUUCUACACCCGGACACCAAUGAGAAGAUCUUCAUGCCAUUUAGAAUGUCAGGUUACAUUCCUUUUGGGACGCCAAUUGUGGUCGGUCUUCUCUUGCCCAACCAGACACUGGCAUCCACUGUCUUCUGGCAGUGGCUGAACCAGAGCCACAACGCUUGUGUCAACUAUGCAAACCGAAAUGCUACCAAGCCUUCACCUGCAUCCAAGUUCAUCCAGGGCUACCUAGGAGCGGUCAUCAGUGCUGUCUCCAUCGCGGUGGGCCUUAAUGUCCUGGUUCAGAAAGCCAACAAGUUCACCCCAGCCACCCGCCUUCUCGUGCAGAGAUUUGUGCCCUUUCCCGCUGUAGCCAGCGCCAAUAUCUGCAAUGUGGUCCUGAUGCGGUAUGGGGAGCUGGAGGAAGGGAUCGAUGUCCUGGAUGCUGAUGGCAACCUCGUGGGCUCCUCCAAGAUCGCAGCCAGACACGCCCUGCUGGAGACGGCAUUGACGCGAGUGGUCCUCCCCAUGCCCAUCCUGGUGCUUCCACCAAUCGUCAUGUCCAUGCUGGAGAAGACGGCUCUCCUGCAGGCGCGGCCCAGGCUGCUCCUCCCCGUGCAAAGCCUCGUGUGCCUGGCAGCCUUUGGGCUGGCCCUGCCGCUAGCCAUCAGCCUCUUCCCACAGAUGUCAGAGAUCGAAACAUCCCAGUUAGAGCCUGAGAUUGCCCGGGCCACAAGCAGCCGGACAGUGGUGUACAACAAGGGGCUGUGAGUGGUGGCCAGCUGGCCUGGGGAUGCAGCGUUGUCCAAGCCGGAGAUUAGGGGCGGGGAAGGAAUCUUAUGGGCUUCACCUGCAGGGAGGGGCAAGCUGACCCCACUAGUCCUGGGCCACCUGGGGAGGCGGUCUCCAUCCACAGUGGUAGGGAGACUAAUCUAUUCACUUGUUAACAUAAGGGAGAGGAAUUCUGACACAUUUCCUAUAAAAAAUAAUCAAAUGCAUUUCUGGGCCUUACGUGGGGUUGUCAAAACUCUACUCAGCACAAUUAUGUGUGAAGCUGAAAAAUACUGUAGAGUGCCCACUGGUAGAGUUAGGAUCCUUUUAUACUUUGUUUUGUUUUGUUGUUGUUGUUUUUUUAUCAGAAUCAAGCCUUGGUUGCAGCUGCCCAGAUUCAUUGCUGCUAGCAGGUGGACAGGUGGCGGGAGUAAGAGUAGGCCUGGGAGCUAGUUGUUUUAGUGGCCGUGCUGGUAGAUUUAAGAUAUUACUGUGGCCAGGACUGGUGUCUUCCUGGGCUGGACAGGGGUGGGGAAGGGAGGGGAGGCAGUCUACACCUCACAGGAUGAACCAGCUAUGAUUAAGGUCCUCAGGAGGUGGCCCAGGGAAUGAAGGAACACUGGAGGCCUCUGGAAGUUUCCAUGGGCAGCUGCCUCUCGGUGUGGCUGGCCUUUAUCCAUGACAUACCUGCAGAACCAGUUCUUCUGAAGCCCAGUAACACACUGGGUCUGUCGUUACCCUCCAUUGAUCCCCGAUCCCCUUGAGGCCCCUGAGAAGACCCAGCUCAAGGCAGAAAGCCUCGAGAAGGAAGAGUGUUAAGCAUGGAUAUGCACUCUGGUGCAUUUCUGCACUACGGAACAUCCUUCUUUCGGGCACCAGGCUGGAAGCUUGGCACUGGGGCCAAGGGUAGGGCUGGAGCUGGGCUGACUGUCAUCGGGGGAGCCUCUCCAGCCACCGAACCUGCCUGUUCCAUCCUGCUUCCUGAGCAGAAGGUCUUGUGGCUGAGAGUAUGGAGGCCAAAUCUCUAGGCACCUGUCUGAGAGGAAGCUUCAACCCAGGAAUGGCAGGCCCCGGCUCUGGCACUAAUGGGCUGUGCGAGCUUGGACAAAUCCAUGCUCUUCUCUGAGCUUUCACUCUCUGCUCGGAACCAGAAGACUGGAUUGAGAGGUUCCCACCCACUCUUCCUCGUCUUUGCCUGUACUACGCAGAUGCUGGUCAUCUCAGGCACAUCCCGGCGUGGACACUGAACUGGGAAAGGGGUGGGCCUCUUUGGGAAUGGCUAGCAUUUGGACUCAGAACCUGGACUUUUCCCUGCUGUAUGUGACCCCACAUCCUGCGAGCACUUGACCUUUGCCAAACACUUUACAGCUCUGAAAGAGGAGGUAGCGUGAUGCCUGGGCCUGAGUGGAGGGGCGGGGGGAGAAGAGGCACACCCACAUGCCGCCUCUCACCCUGCACUGGCCUUGAGGCCCUUUGCUGCUGGCUGCUGUCCCUCUUCCAUUUGCAGGCCAGGAGAGGGGAGAGCUCUGCAGAGGAAAGCAGGGCCUGAGGUGGGGGUGAGCAGGGUACCCCCUCAUCUGAAAGGCCCGAAAGAGAGGAAACACGAGACUGAACACACCCCUCCCCUGACCCCAACUGGAAUGAGCCCUUGACAUGCAGCUCCAGGGCCUCGCUUCCCUUGGUGACUCCACCUGCGAGAGACCUGACUGGAGGUGAACACGUGCAUGUGCAGGAAGAGGCUGGUGCAGAGCGGUGAGGGCAUGGCCACCGGCUGCUCUCGCUAUCCUUAGGGUGGGGGGAGUUGUGGUGAGGUGGGUCUUCCACAGGCAUCGAUACCAUGCACCCCCCGCCCAGAAUCCCCUGCUGCCCUUACCUUGCCAGGCCCUGGGAGCCGCCCAGCUAGCUCCGCAGGAUGUUGCACUGAGGGCCCCUCGCUCUUCCCCAUCAGGAAGGGGAGAAGGCAGAGACAAGCAUGGAAGACAAAACAGCAGAAGGAAGGAGUGUCAUGGUAUUGGAGGGGCAGGGCAGGUAUUUUUUUAGCUACUCCCACCAUAAUGUGUCAGUGAUUGAGGGCCGGACAUGUCUGAGUCCUCUUUUGCAAAGCCCACUUCAAGCUCACCCUGCCCCACCUCUCAACGAGUCUUUUUCUUGUGCACUUUACCUUGGGAUUAGAACUGCCCACCCCAACUUCACUCCCACCACGUCCAGAGGCCUGGCAGAGAUGAGGUCUCUCCAACUCAACCCUCUGUGCUGGCUACCUGAACCAGCUCCACCCCAGUCCCAGCCCUAUGGCCCCUGCAUUUCAUAACCUACUUACUUUGUCUCCUGGAUGAUUUCCAGUCAUGCUCCCAAAUACAAUUUCAGGUCAGCUAAAGGGGCUCCUCCUGGUGGGGUGGUGGUGGCAAGUGAUCCUUAUAGCUUGGGUGAUGGUGACAGAGAUUUAGCAAGCCAUGCUGCCGAGCCCUGGUCUGGUUACGGAGAACACUGUGAAGGGAAACUUUCAGCCAACAUCCAUCCCCUACUCUGCUGAGGCCAGAGGAAGGCAGGCCUCAUGGGAAGAUUGUUUCAUGACAGGGGAGCAGGCCGAGCCAUGACCCACAGUCAGGGUAGGGCUAGUCCAGCGGUGCCAGAAUCCAGAGCAUACCUGCAACUUGUUCUUCAAUACUGGUGUAUCUGCCCGACCCUCCUCCAGUCACUUCAAACUAUCCAGAAGGCUUGGGGAUGCCUUCUCCCAUUUCCAGGAAGCAAUCUGAGUGUGCAGGGACCGAAAGCCCAAGAUGUCAAGAUGGCCGACAGACCCCUUUACAUUUCCUGGUGGUGGGUUAUUUCCUGUCCUGGGCCUCUAGCUUGGCAGAAGGUGGGGUCCUGUGAGGAGAAAGGCCAGUGAACAGAAGCAAGGUGGUUUCCCAGCCCUGGGCCAGUGUGAGUAAGGGACCAGCACACAUGCCUCAGCCAUACAAGUUACUUUGCAGUGUCUUUUUAACCUUCUCAGAAAAUUUCUUAAUCCCUGUGAUUUGUGUAAUACUAAUGAACUGUGGGUAAUAAAUGAUGGCUUUAAAGCA